GUCUCUCUGGGAUGGUGAUUGGUGUCCCGGGUCGCGGUGCACGCUUGCUGGCUGGCUACGUGGGGGCUCCGCGGCUGAGCAGCCACGAGCCAGCCUCUGUCGGGCUCUCGGCUAGUACGUUGUACGUAGUAGAACUAGGACUCUAGGAGUCUAGGAGUAACCAGCCACACGAGCAAGCAAGAGGAGGGAUAUGAUGAUGCGGAAGCCGGCGGUGCAGCAGCGUGGCGCGGGGGCGAUAAGGACGCUCAAGCGGGGUGCGUGGACGCCGGAGGAGGACGAGCUGCUGGCGCGGGCCGUGGCGAAGGACGGGGAGGGGCGGUGGCGCACGCUGCCGCGGCGGGCGGGGCUGCUUCGCUGCGGCAAGAGCUGCAGGCUCCGCUGGAUGAACUACCUCAGGCCGGACAUCAAGCGCGGGCCUAUCGCCGCCGACGAGGAGGACCUCAUCCUCCGCCUCCACCGCCUGCUCGGAAACCGGUGGUCGCUGAUCGCUGGGCGUCUGCCUGGCCGCACGGACAACGAGGUCAAGAACUACUGGAACUCGCACCUCAGCAAGAAGCUCGUCGCGCGGGGCAUCGACCCGCGCACGCACACGCCUCUGCCCGCAGCAGCUGCGAGCCUGCACUCGCACUCCCACCGCGCCGACGACGACUCACCAGCAGGAGCCGCCGGUUCGUCUGCCGACAAGACGCCGCCGCCACUGGUGGAAGUCGAGCCAUCGGUUGCGCCGCCGCCAGCGCAGCCGAACUCAUCUUUCGGCGACGGAAGCAGCGGCGACUUCGCGGGGGGCAUGAUGGGUCUAGGCUCCGAGGGCUUCGAUGGAGUCGGUGAUCCGUUCUGUGCACCAGCUCCUGGCGGCUUCCACUUGGGCUGCCCCGUCGUGGACGACGCCACCUUCUCCUCGUUCCUCGACUCGCUGAUGAACGAGGAGCGCAUGCGCAUCGCCGAUUACAUUGGAGAUCACAGGGAUGCUGAUGGUGGGAACGACCAGGGUGGAGCUUAUUAGCUUAUUCACGAGUCACGACCCCUAAUUUAGGCUUUGUCUGGUUAUUCCCAUUAUAUAUAGAUUGAAUAGGAUUGGAAAAAUUAAGAACAAAUUUGAUAUGCUUGAAAUUCAAACUCACCCAAUCCCACUUAAUUCA